CGACAACCCAGAAAAGAAAGUUACCGCACUCCACUGUUCAUCCUGACAGUUUCAAGAAUGCCAUCGCCUCCACGUAAACAGUCUACCAGUCCCGCCGUAGACGGUCUCGUAUUGCCUCCCGAUAAAGCCGAAUACUGCAGUGUAGUUAGACUCCAUUCUAGUGAAUCCCCCGUUCCUUCUGAAGCUCUUCACGCCCAGCCAGGUCAUAUUUUGGCGGUAGUGGUCCGCGAUGGUGCCACAAAAAACAAGCAGGAAGCUUGUCUAUUGGUGUUGAAGGACCAACAAGACCCUCGAACGCUGCCCGUCAUUGUGCAAGUACUGCCCAUUUAUUCCAGCCUGAAAAUUGAUAUCUCCCAAGUCAAACAUCAAGAAAAAAAUGCACAACCAGCUCUGCUGGUCAAAUUUUCACACAACCAGACUUCGAUAUGCAUGACCUUUCCUGAAAAACAGGCCAUGCUCGAUAUCGUAGCAGAAGUGCGACGAUUGCACUCCAUAGCAGGUAAAGUUUCAAUGCGAAUGACGCUUCACUUGUAACAUUUGUGAUAACAAUGCGUGUCAUGGGUUGAUAGAGGAAUGCGGUUAUCGUGAAGGAGGAGAUAAUCAUCACUGGAUCGAUGCAUACAAAAAGGCAAAAGAAAUUAUA